AUGGAGAACAUGCAGGUGAUGGAUAUUUCUUCGGAGAAAUUCACAUGGAGAAUUGAAGCUUUCUCCAAAAUGAACCGGGAAAAAUUGUCCUCUAAGUCUUUCAAAGUUGGCGGUUGUCGAUGGAUGAUUGUUUUAAAUCCUAAGGGGAAGGAUGUGGAGUAUUUGUCCUUGUAUAUGAUGGUUGCUCAUUUUCUACCAUGGAGCAGAUUUGCAUAUUUCAGGUUGACUCUUAUUAAUCAGCUGGAUAGCAACAAGUCAAUUGCAAUGGAAACCAAGCGGAAGUUUAGUGCUGGAAAUAGAGGUUGGGGUUUUCAAUCAUUCAUUCCUCUAAGUGAAUUCCAUGACCCUAGUCAAGGUUAUCUUGUGAAGGAUACAUGUGUCAUUGAAGCUCACGUUUCAGUCUCAAAGGUUGACUUUAACAUUCCGGAUAACUUCAAUAAAUCAAAUGGUGAACAAUCUAGCCUAACAGAAGUGGAAACUGAAGAGCAGGGAAUGAUACUUUCAGAUGUAACGUCGAGUCCCACAAGUACCCAGAGUUUUAAAGAUGAUCAGUUAAGUGAAAUAGAAGUGCAACUUUCACAGCCAGAAGAACAAGGAAUGGAACAUUCUAAACAAGUGCAAUUUGUUCCUAGUGCUCCUCCUAUGUAUCCUUCUUUAUCUAAUGAAUUUGAGGAAGUGUUCUUGAUCCCUCUCAGUGACAUCAUAGAUUUUAAAAGUUUAGAGCCAGAAGAAGAAUCUUUUAUUCCAUUAUGGGAGGAAGUUUGUUCAUGGCAUCCUUCACUAGUAGAGAACCAAAGAAGAAGAAGUCCUAGGUUCAUAUUGUGGGCAUUCAUAGCCUUAGGCCGAGUUCUACAUUUCCUCAAGACUAAGAAGAUUAGGGAUAUGGGUGGUGAUGAUUUUAUCCACCUUCAGGUUCUGUGGGAAGAACUUCAUUCCUUUGGAUUUGACUUGACAUGGCUGGAGCCCCAUGUUCAUUCAGCAUUAGAUGCAAAAGCUUAUUUGGAAAGAGCAGAGCAUGUUAAAAAUCUAAGGGUCAAUGUAGCUACUUUAGAGAUUGAAAUGAGGAAGUUUGAGGCAAAACUGGCUGUUGCAGAACUCGACCUUGAGGUUUCUAGAAGAGAUUUGACAGAGAUAGCAAAUGGUUUCGAAGAGAGGGACAUGGAUGCAGAACUGGGAUAUGGGAUACCAUAG